AUGCAGGCAAGAACAAACAGAAAUCCUAAGAAAGAGCUUAUUAUAGAGUCUCCGCAGCAGUGCAAGGAUGCAGGUCCUUGUGAAGUAGAAGUGGAGAGUCCUGUGGUGGUGCUGGCAAAACCAAAGCUCAUAGAACCAAUAGACUACGAAAAUGUCAUCGUUCAGAGGAAAACACAGAUUUUGAAUGAUGCUUUACGUGAGAUGCUACUGUUCCCUUAUGAUGACUUUCAGACAGCAUUAUUGAAACGACAGAGUCGAUACAUUCGUUCAACAGUUCCUGAAAAUGCAGAGAAGGAAGCUCAAAGCUUGUUUGUAACUGAGUGCAUUAAAACCUACAAUUCAGACUGGCAUGUUGUUAACUAUAGAUAUGAAGAUUACUCAGGAGAGUUUCGACAGCUUCCAAAUAAAGGGACAAAACCAGAGAAGCUUCCAGUUCACUUGUAUGAAGUGGAUGAAGAAGCAGAUAAAGAUGAGGAUGCAGCAUCUCUUGGGUCUCAGAAGGGUGGAAUAACAAAACAAGGAUGGUUGUACAAAGGCAAUAUGAACAGUGCAAUCAGCGUGACAAUGAGAUCAUUUAAAAGAAGAUUUUUCCACUUAAUCCAACUUGGUGAUGGAUCCUAUAAUCUCAAUUUCUACAAAGAUGAAAAAAUAUCAAAAGAACCUAAAGGAUCAAUAUUUCUAGAUUCAUGCAUGGGAGUGGUUCAGAACAACAAAGUCAGACGUUUUGCGUUCGAGCUCAAGAUGCAAGACAAGAGCAGUUACCUUUUAGCUGCAGAUAGUGAACUUGAAAUGGAAGAAUGGAUAAACACUCUGAACAAAAUCCUACAGCUUAACUUUGAGGCUGCAAUGCAAGAAAAAAGAAAUGGAGAGUCUCACGAAGAUGAUGAUCAAAGCAAAAUGGAAAGCUCAUCAAGUAGUUUUGAUAACUACUAUCCUGAAAUUGCCAAGAGUACCAGAGAAGCAGAAAUCAAGUUGAAAAGUGAAAGCAGAGUUAAACUUUUUGCCUUGGAUCCAGAUGCACAGAAACUUGACUUUUCUGGUGUUGAGCCAGAAGUGAAGCCAUUUGAAGAGAAAUUUGGAAAAAAAAUUCUUGUGAAGUGUAACGAUUUAUCUUUUAAUUUGCAAAGCUGCGUUGCAGAAAAUGAAGAAGGGCCAACAACCAAUGUAGAACCUUUCUUUGUCACGUUAUCACUAUUUGAUAUUAAACACAACCGGAAAAUUUCAGCAGAUUUCCAUGUUGAUUUGAACCACGCCUCAGUAAGGCACAUGAUAUCCAGUGCAGCUCAACAAAUGAUGAAUGGCAGUGGUGAUAGCUUACACGGAAUUCAAGACGUUCAUGAAACUGUGUUACAAUACCCAAAGCAGGGAAUAUUCUCAGUCACGUGUCCUCACACUGACAUUUUCCUCGUGGCUAGAAUAGAAAAAGUAUUACAGGGAAGUAUUACACAUUGUGCUGAACCAUAUAUGAAAAGUUCAGAUUCUUCGAAGGUUGCACAGAAAGUUUUGAAAAACGCAAAGCAGGCAUGCCAGAGAUUAGGUCAAUAUAGAAUGCCUUUUGCCUGGGCAGCUAGGACGCUGUUUAAAGAUGCCUCAGGAACCCUGGACAAAAAUGCAAGAUUUUCUCCUCUCUUCAGACAAGACAGUAAUAAACUUUCAAAUGAAGAUAUGCUGAAAUUGUUAGCAGAUUUCAGGAAACCUGAAAAGAUGGCCAAACUUCCUGUUAUUUUAGGAAAUCUGGAUGUUACAAUUGAUAAUGUGUCACCAGAUUUUCCAAAUUAUGUUAACUCAUCAUACAUUCCCAUGAAACAGUUUGAAAACAGUACCAAGACACUAAUAACAUUUGAAAUAGAGGAAUUUGUUCCAUGUAUACCAAAACACACUCAGCCUUUCACCAUCUACAACAAUCAUCUUUAUGUUUAUCCAAAGCACUUGAAAUAUGACAGUCAAAAGUCUUUUGCAAAGGCUAGAAAUAUUGCGGUAUGCAUUGAGUUCAAGGAUUCUGAUGAAGAGGAUUCUUUGCCUUUAAAGUGUAUCUAUGGUAGGCCAGGUGGACCAGUAUUUACUAGAAGCGCGUUUGCUGCUGUUUUGCACCACCAUCAAAAUCCGGAGUUUUAUGAUGAGAUUAAAAUAGAAUUGCCCACUCAGUUACAUGAAAAGCACCAUUUGUUGUUCACCUUCUACCAUGUCAGCUGUGACAAUUCAAGCAAAGGGAGUACAAAGAAGAAAGAUGUUGUUGAAACACAAGUUGGGUAUUCUUGGCUUCCUCUAAUAAAGGAUGGAAGAGUGGUGACCAAUGAGCAACACAUCCCAGUGUCAGCAAAUCUUCCAUCAGGCUAUCUUAGUUAUCAAGAAGUGGGGGUUGGAAAGCAUUCUGGUCCUGAAAUUAAAUGGGUAGAUGGAGGCAAACAACUGUUAAAAAUAUCCACUCAUCUGGUGUCCACUGUGUAUACACAGGACCAACACUUGCAUAAUUUUUUUCAGUACUGUCAGAAAACAGAGUCUGGAGCGCGUGCACUAGGAACUGAUCUUGUAAAAUAUCUGAAGAGCCUUCAUGCUAUGGAAGGCCAUGUGAUGAUAGCUUUCCUGCCUACUGUUCUAAAUCAGUUGUUUAGAGUUCUCACUAGAGCAACUCAAGAGGAAGUUGCAGUCAAUGUGACAAGGGUUAUUAUCCAUAUUGUUGCUCAGUGUCAUGAAGAAGGCUUGGAUAGCUACUUGAGGUCUUAUGUCAAGUAUGCUUAUAAAGCUGAACCCUAUGUUGCUUCUGAGUAUAAGACAGUACAUGAAGAACUGACAAAAUCCAUGACAACAAUUUUAAAGCCAUCUGCUGACUUUCUUACAAGCAACAAACUGCUUAAGUAUUCAUGGUUUUUCUUUGAAGUUCUGAUAAAAUCAAUGGCUCAGCAUUUGAUAGAAAACUCUAAAGUGAAGCUGUUGCGAAACCAGAGAUUUUCCGCUUCCUUUCAUCAUGCGGUUGAAACAGUUGUUAAUAUGCUAAUGCCACACAUCACUCAGAAGUACAGAGACAAUCCAGAGGCUUCAAAAAAUGCAAACCAUAGCCUUGCUGCCUUUAUAAAAAGGUGUUUUACUUUUAUGGAUAGAGGCUUUGUUUUCAAGCAAAUCAAUAACUACAUCAGCUGCUUUGCCCCAGGAGAUCCGAAGACUCUUUUCGAGUUCAAAUUUGAAUUUCUUCGUGUAGUCUGUAAUCAUGAGCACUACAUACCUUUGAAUCUACCAAUGCCAUUUGGAAAAGGCAGAGUUCAGAGAUACCAAGACCUUCACCUGGACUAUUCAUUAACUGAUGAGUUCUGUAAAAAUCACUUCCUAGUGGGACUGCUUCUAAGGGAGGUGGGCAAUGCACUACAAGAGUUCAGAGACGUGAGGCAGAUUGCUAUCAGUGUACUCAAGAAUUUGAUGAUAAAGCAUUCUUUUGAUGAUAGAUAUGCUUCCAGGAGCCAUCAAGCAAGAAUAGCCACUAUGUAUUUGCCGCUCUUCGGACUGCUCAUAGAAAAUGUUCAGCGAAUCAAUGUUAAAGAUGUGUCUCCAUUUCCUGUUAACCCUUCCAGCAAUAGUGCAAAGGAUGAUGCACUUAAUUUGCCAACUGCAAGUCAGCUAGUAACACCACAAAAAUCAGGAAACACAUUGGAUAACAAUCUUCCUAAAGAUCUGUUUGGUGUUAUCUCUGGCAUUGCUUCCCCAUACACCACAUCAACUCCAAAUAUCAAUAGCGUGAGGAACGCUGACUCAAGAGGCUCUCUUAUAAGCACAGACUCAGGAAACAGUCUCCCAGAAAGACAAAGUGACAAGAGCAAUUCCCUUGACAAGAACCAACAGAGCAGCACUUUAGGAGGUUCUGUAGUUCGAUAUGACAAACUUGACCAAGCAGAGAUCAAAAGUCUGCUCAUGUGUUUCCUUCAUAUUUUAAGAAGUAUGUCAGAAGACGCAUUGUUUACAUAUUGGAACAAGGCUACAAAAUCUGAACUCAUGGACUUUUUCACGAUUACAGAAGUAUGCUUACAUCAGUUCCAGUACAUGGGAAAACGAUACAUAGCCAGGAACCAGGAGGGGUUGGGAUCCAUAGUUCAUGAUCGAAAAUCUCAGACAUUGCCUGUUUCCCGUAACAGAACAGGAAUGAUGCAUGCCAGAUUGCAGCAGCUGAGCAGCCUGGAUAACUCUCUCACUUUUAACCACAGCUAUGGACAUUCAGAUGCAGAUGUUCUUCACCAGUCUUUACUUGAAGCAAAUAUUGCCACUGAAGUUUGCCUUACAAUUCUGGAUACUCUGUCAUUAUUCACAAUGGCUUUUAAGAAUCAACUACUGACUGAUCAUGGGCAUAAUCCACUGAUGAAGAAAGUAUUUGAUGUGUACCUCUGCUUCCUUCAAAAGAAUCAGUCUGAAACAGCAUUGAAAAAUGUCUUCAUAGCUUUAAGGGCACUUAUUUUCAAGUUUCCUUCUACAUUUUAUGAAGGUAGAGCUGAUAUGUGUUCUGCACUCUGCUAUGAAAUUCUGAAGUAUUGUAAUUCCAAACUGAGUUCAAUUCGUACUGAAGCUUCACAGUUACUGUACUUCUUAAUGAGAAAUAAUUUUGAUUACACAGGGAAGAAGUCUUUUGUUAGGACACAUCUGCAAGUUAUUAUUUCAGUAAGCCAGUUAAUUGCUGAUGUUGUUGGAAUUGGAGGAACUAGAUUUCAGCAGUCUCUUUCCAUCAUCAAUAAUUGUGCCAAUAAUGACAGGAUUAUAAAGCACACUACAUUCCCUUCUGAUGUUAAGGAUUUAACAAAACGGAUUCGUACAGUACUGAUGGCUACAGCUCAGAUGAAGGAGCAUGAGAAUGAUCCAGAAAUGCUUGUAGACCUCCAGUACAGUUUGGCAAAGUCUUAUGCUAGUACACCUGAACUACGGAAGACGUGGUUAGACAGCAUGGCAAGGAUCCAUGUUAAAAAUGGAGAUCUUUCAGAGGCGGCAAUGUGCUAUGUCCAUGUAGCAGCACUGGUUGCAGAGUAUCUCACGCGAAAAGGGAUGUUUAGGCAAGGGUGUACUGCUUUCAGAGUAAUCACACCUAAUAUAGAUGAAGAGGCUUCAAUGAUGGAGGAUGUUGGAAUGCAAGAUGUUCACUUCAAUGAAGAUGUGCUCAUGGAAUUGUUGGAGCAGUGUGCUGAUGGACUCUGGAAGGCAGAACGCUAUGAACUCAUUGCUGACAUAUAUAAACUUAUAAUUCCCAUUUAUGAAAAACGGAGAGAUUUUGAGAGGCUUGCUCAUUUAUAUGACACUCUUCAUCGAGCGUACAGUAAAGUAACAGAAGUUAUGCAUACCGGCAAGAGACUGCUGGGAACUUAUUUCAGGGUAGCGUUCUUUGGACAGGCAGCGCAAUACCAGUUUACAGACAGUGAAACAGAUGUUGAGGGAUUCUUUGAGGAUGAAGACGGAAAGGAAUAUAUCUAUAAAGAGCCUAAACUCACACCUCUUUCAGAAAUUUCCCAAAGACUCCAAAAACUCUACUCUGACAAAUUUGGAUCUGAAAAUGUCAAAAUGAUUCAGGAUUCCGGCAAAGUAAAUCCUAAGGAUUUGGAUUCGAAAUAUGCAUACAUUCAAGUUACACAUGUAAUUCCAUACUUUGAAGAAAAAGAGCUGCAAGAAAGAAAAACAGAUUUUGAAAGGACUCAUAACAUUCGUCGCUUUAUGUUUGAGAUGCCUUUUACUCAAGCUGGUAAAAGACAAGGAGGAGUAGAAGAACAGUGUAAGCGACGGACUAUUUUGACAGCUAUACAUUGUUUCCCAUAUGUGAAAAAGCGCAUUCCAGUAAUGUACCAGCACCAUACCGAUUUAAACCCAAUUGAGGUAGCCAUUGAUGAAAUGAGUAAAAAAGUUGCAGAACUUCGGCAGCUUUGCUCUUCAGCUGAAGUAGAUAUGAUCAAAUUGCAGCUGAAGCUACAAGGAAGUGUCAGUGUUCAGGUUAAUGCUGGUCCAUUAGCAUAUGCAAGAGCUUUCUUAGAUGACACAAACACCAAAAGAUAUCCAGACAAUAAAGUAAAGCUGCUAAAGGAAGUUUUUAGGCAAUUUGUUGAAGCUUGUGGUCAUGCUCUCGGUGUAAAUGAACGACUUAUAAAAGAAGAUCAGCUGGAAUAUCAAGAAGAAAUGAAGGCCAACUACAGAGAGAUGGCAAAAGAGCUUUCUGAAAUAAUGCAUGAACAAAUUACUCCGGUUGAAGAAAAGGCCAGCGUUAUGCCUAAUUCGCUACACAUUUUCAACGCCAUAAGUGGAACUCCGACAAGCACAACAGUUCAUGGGAUGCCCAGUUCUUCUUCAGUUGCAUGAUUGUUUUGUAAAGGAAAAGUAUGUUCGUUUGUUUUUUUGGUUUGGUUUUUUUUUUUUAAAGUAUGUGGAUUUGCUUCAUUGUGUGCAAACUCAGGAUGAUUUUGAAGCUAAAUGUUGGGCACGUGCAAACUGCGUAAUUCAUACGAAUGUCUG